AUCCUUUUAAAGCUAUUGCUCGGCCAAUUCGGCUAUGAACAGUACUUCUUCGGUGUAAUUUUCACAUUUGUAUUCAACCAAAUGAUUAGGCAAUUUAAGUUUCCUUUUCUCCAAAUAAUAAUAAUAAUAAUAAUAAUAAUAAUAAUAAGGCAAUUUUCAUAUGGGCAAGGAAAAUAAAACAAAAGGUGAUUCGAGCCACAAAGGGGGGAAAAAAAAAAAGAAAAAAUCCACCUAUAAUGAUUAAAUUUACACUAAAUUCUCCGGUCCAAUUUAGGUUCAGCCAGAGGAAUACAAGUUUUUACACCACUAACCAGCCAGCUGAAUUGCUCACGAGAAAUGUGUUAAGAAAUCCACCACAAGUUGUAGAUGAUAGUCUAAAAGAGGAGAGACACUAUCAAGAGAUGAACCACUUACCGGCAUCUUAAACAACCCAUCAAAUAUGUGGAUCAGUCUCCUCCACUGUUGAAAAGUUGCAAACAUCAAUUGGAGAGAUACACAACAAACCUUUCAAGCCAUCAGUCCAUAACUGCAGUACAAAAUACCAAGAAAAAAAAAAAAAAAAACACACUACCAACAUCCUGGGAGAUGUAGGCAUCUGGUUCCUUCUCACUUCUCAGACUUUAAACUUCCUUUAGUCAUGAAAUCCAUGGGAGACUUAGUAAUAAAAUUGCUAAAACAAGCAGCUUCUUUAGGACAAGCAGCUCACAAAAGUUUGAGUAGACCCACGUGCCAUAUAUCUAAAUGUACAUUUGAGGUGUAUUAUAAAAAGAAAAUGUUGACAUGAACAGGUAUAAACAUUUUUCUUAAUCUUGAUUAUAAAGAGCAUGUUUGAAUAGAGGGAAAUGAAAGGGAGGGAGAGAGAAAUGGAAGGAUUCUCUCCCCACCCUCCCCUGAUUUGAAUAGGUUUUAAUGAAUAAAGGAAUUGAAA